CAGUCACAUAUAUUGCCCAAAGUAUUGUCCCCGCCCCCCAAUCAUGUGAUUCAGGUGUCCCAAUCCCCUCCAUGGACACAGGUGUAUACAAUCAAGCCCCUAGGCAUGCAGACUGCUUCUACAAACAUUGGUGAAAGAAUGGGUCGCUCUCAGGAGCUCUGUGGCUCCAAGCGUGGUCCCGUGAUAGGUGGCCACCUGUGCAAUAAGUCCAUCCGUGACAUUUCCUGGCUACUAAAUAUUCCACGCUCAACUGUUAGUGGGAUUAUAACAAAGUGGAAGCCACUGGGAACAACAGCAACUCAGCCACCAAGUGGUAGGCCACGUCACAUGACAGGCGGGGUCAGCGCAUGCUGAAGCGCACAGUGCGCAGAAGUCGCCAACUGUCUGCAGAGUCAAUAGCUAAAGACCUCCAAACUUGGUGUGGCCUUCAGAUGAGCCCAACAACAGUGCGUAGAGAGCUUCAUGGAAUGGGUUUCCAUGGCCGAGCAGCUGCAUCCAAGCCUUCCAUCACCAAGUGCAAUGCAAAGUGUCGGAUGCCGUGGUGUAAAGCACGCCGCCACUGGACUCUAG